AUGGAUUCGCUAAUACCGUUCACGACGUCUGGGUCUCUUGUGGAUUGUGUGGACCGGAAGAUGCUCGUCGUUCUACGCGACGGCCGCAAACUGCAUGGCGUGUUGCGCUCGUAUGACCAGUUUGCCAACCUCGUUCUAGAAGAUACUGUAGAGCGGAUAUACCACGCCGGCGCAUUCGCUGAAAAAUGGCAUGGACUGUUUCUGAUUCGCGGUGAGAAUGUGGUGUUGCUGGGCGAAAUUGACCUCGACCUAGAAGACGACGUGCCAAUAGGGCAGCAAGUAGAGUGGGUCGCCCUCGAGCCAUACCACAAGACAGACGUGGAGACUAAAAAACAACGGGAAGACGCCAAGGCUCAGAUUCUGUACGACAAGAAAGGGUUUUGCAAGGAAGGAGGGGAGGGGGAUGGUUAUUGA